AUGUUUCUCCUACACAGAAUGGCGUCAUCGUCUCACCCUCUCUUCACUUCAUCUCUUCGAUUACCAUCAAACCCUGCUACAUCUUCUUCCCUUCUCUUCAACCCCAUCUCCAAACAAUUUUACGACCGAAAGUUCCGAUCCUUUUAUCUUUUCAACAAACCCCAGUAUCAUCGCUUCUCAUCAUGGCCGGCCGCUGUUGCGACCGACCCAGGUAUUGCCAUCGAAAACAAUGCUUCCGAUGACGUUCCUAAGCUGGAGGAGAAAGUAGUUCUUCCGACUAAUGAAUCAUCCCAAACGCUCCUCAGAAUUCGCCAUACUUGUGCUCAUGUUAUGGCUAUGGCCGUUCAAAAAGUGUUCCCAGAUGCCAAAGUAACGAUUGGUCCAUGGAUCGAACAUGGAUUUUACUACGAUUUUGAUAUCGAGUCUUUGACCGAUAAGGAUCUCAAGAGGAUAAAAAAGGAGAUGGAUCGUAUCAUUGGUCGAAACUUACCUCUAGUAAGAGAAGAAGUGACAAGAGACGAAGCUCAGAAAAGAAUAACGGACAUUAACGAACCUUACAAAUUGGAGAUCUUGGAUGGUAUUAAGGAAGAGCCUAUCACCAUAUAUCAUAUUGGUAAUGAAUGGUGGGAUCUGUGUGCUGGUCCUCACGUUGAAACUACUGGAGUUAUUAAUAGGCGAGCUGUACAACUCGAAUCCGUUGCCGGUGCUUAUUGGAGAGGAGACGUAAAUAAACCAAUGCUUCAAAGAAUUUAUGGCACCGCAUGGGAGAACGAAGAACAAUUGAAAGCGUAUUUACACUUCAAAGAAGAGGCUAAGCGUCGUGAUCACAGGCGUCUUGGCCAAGAUCUUGACCUCUUUUCUAUACAGGAUGAUGCCGGUGGCGGGUUAGUGUUUUGGCAUCCUAAAGGUGCCGUUGUGAGGCACAUAAUCGAAGAUUUGUGGAAAAAGAUUCACACGAAAAGUGGUUACGAUCUUCUUUAUACUCCGCAUGUGGCAAAGGCGGAUCUUUGGAGCAUUAGCGGUCAUUUGGACUUCUAUCGAGAGAAUAUGUACGAUCAGAUGAAGAUCGAGGAAGAACUUUAUCAGCUUCGUCCAAUGAACUGCCCUUACCAUAUUUUAAUUUACAAACGAAAACCUCACUCUUAUCGCGAUUUUCCAAUCCGAGUUGCUGAGUUAGGAACGGUUUAUAGAUACGAAUUAUCCGGUAGCUUACACGGGCUUUUCCGUGUAAGAGGCUUCACUCAGGAUGAUGCACAUAUUUUUUGCUUAGAGGAUCAAAUUAAAGACGAAAUAAAGGGUGUCUUGGAUCUCACCGAGCAAAUGUUGCUCCAAUUUGGCUUCGAAAAGUAUGAAGUCAACCUUUCGACUAAGCCCGAGAAAGCCGUAGGCGAUGACGAUAUAUGGGUUAAAGCAACGGGUGCACUAAAAGAAGCGUUGAACGAUAAAGGAUGGACCUAUGAAGUUGAUGAAGGUGGUGGCGCGUUUUAUGGCCCAAAGAUCGAUCUCAAGAUCGAGGACGCCCUCGGUAGGAAGUGGCAAUGCUCCACGAUACAGGUCGACUUUAACUUGCCGCAGCGUUUCGACAUCACGUAUAUUGAUUCAAACUCAGAGCGGAAGAGACCGAUCAUGAUCCACAGAGCGGUUCUUGGAUCUUUGGAGCGGUUCUUCGGAGUACUUAUCGAGCAUUAUGCUGGGGAUUUUCCAUUAUGGCUCUCGCCAAUUCAAGCUCGAAUUCUACCAGUCACCGACAGACAGCUCGAAUACUGUAAUGAGAUUACGGAGAAGAUGAAAGCUAGCGGCAUACGAGCCGAGUUGUGCACGGGGGAGCGACUGCCGAAGCUCAUUAGAAACGCGGAGAAGCAAAAGAUACCGUUAAUGGCUGUCGUGGGACCCAAGGAAGUCGAGACACAGAGCGUUACCGUAAGAUCUAGGUUUGGCGGGGAGCUGGGAACCAUGGACGUCCAUGAUUUUAUCGAUAGGAUCAAUAACGCUGUCGAAACCAGAACAUUUGUUUGAAAUGAUUUGUGAACGAAGAUUAUCGUUGCAAAUCGUGAAACGAUUGAUUAGUAAUUUUGGUAUAAACACACGUGAAACAAAUACACAAAGUAAUAAAACUAUUACGGUUACUG